AACAGACCAACAUGUUGGGUUUUGCGCUCAUUUCUGCGUCUCUGCUGUGGGUCACAGCAUCCUGGCCUGCGCAUCAUUUCCCCUCAGAAAGAGAGUCAGACGAGGUCCGCUCAGCUGCCAUUAAAAGACUCCUGGAGGUAUUUGGGAUGGAUGACCCUCCUGCUGUCCAUGCGUACAAGCAGCCUCCUCAGUACAUGCUGGAUCUGUACAACACGGUGGCUGAUGUGGACGGUGUGACCAAGGAUCCCUACCUGCUGGAGGGGAAUACAGUGCGCAGCUUUUUUGACAAAUUGCACAGUGAACAGGUGGAGUUCAAGUUUAAUUUGUCUUCUGUGGCAAGAAGUGAGAAGGUCCUCACAGCAGAGCUGCAUCUCUUUAAGCUGAGACCCCAAUUAUACCUCACAUUCAGCAGACACCACUUCUGCCAGGUCAGCGUUUAUCAGAUUCUGGAUGGCAGCAAAACAAACAGCACACAGCCAAAGAAGUUGUUGUCUUCUCGACUCAUCCCAGUCCACUCAACCGGAUGGGAAGUAUUCACAGUCACACAAGCUGUCCGCUCAUGGAUGGCAGAUGAAAGCAGUAACUUGGGGCUCCAUGUGGUGGUCAGGACCCUGGGGGGAAGCCAGGCGGACCAGAAACUGAUCCGCUUUGCUUCAGGGCGCCACCAUCACCUGAGCAAACAGCCCAUGCUGGUUCUCUUCACCGAUGACGGCCGUCGCUCUGCUGCCCUCGAGAGCACAACUCCCCAUGAGGCGAUUGCCACGUCCCUCCUCCCUCAGACCCCUACAUCGAUCAAAUCUUCCCGUACCGCUCGCUCCCUGGACUACGGCGAGGAGGAAGGCCGCUCCAAGCCCUGCCAGCGCCUGCCUCUGUAUGUGGACUUCGAGGAGAUUGGCUGGUCGGGGUGGAUCGUGUCUCCCCGGGGCUACAAUGCUUAUCACUGCAAGGGGUCCUGCUCCUUCCCUUUGGGUCAGAACAUGAGGCCGACCAACCAUGCCACCGUCCAGUCCAUCAUCAAUGCCCUGAAGCUGAUCCGAGGCAUUGAGACGCCGUGCUGCGUGCCCGACAAGCUUUAUUCCAUCAACCUGCUGUACUUUGAUGACGAUGAGAACGUUGUUUUAAAGCAGUAUAAUGACAUGGUGGCUGGAAGCUGUGGCUGUCACUGAUGUCAUAAAGCCUCUUGUGUAGAGCGACACAGCUUCUGCCAGAUUUAAUUUUCACUCUUACCCAUCCU